AUGGCAUGGUGCAUGAAGAACAUCGGCGAAGGACUGUUGGGAGCCAGCAAGGUGUUGAUAUGCUUGUGCCUCGUGACGCUGCUUGUCUUGUCAUCUGAAGAGAUGGGAUCGGAUGCCUGUGAAAAAGCUUGGAGCCAGACAUGGGACAACGACACAUCAUGUAUCUUCCGCGGCACCUGCAACAAGCCCUGUAGAAGAGAGAACUUUGACAGCGGCAUAUGCAAAGAAAUAAAUUAUUGCAUGUGCUACAGGAACUGCACCACUGAAUCCAUCUAG